CGCAUGCGCAGAGUCACCAUCGUAUCUCGUGGAGAUAGGCGCAAGCGAGGCCUGAAAUAAACAUCAAAGGAAGCUUAUUAAGGUGCGCGCGUGAGCCGGAGGCGCGCGGGACACACAGGCGCGCGGGCUCGGCGCAGAGCAGGAACACGGCACUGAGAUGGCGGAGGCGGCGGCGCAGGCGUCCUCACAAGCCCGGCUUCAGCAAGGCCAGAGCGGCGGCGGCGGCUCCGCGGGCUCAGGGUCCGGCUCCGGAAGCAGCGACCCGGCUCGGCCCGGUCUGAGCCAGCAGCAGUGGGCGAGUCAGAAAAAAGCACAAGUCCGUGCUUUCCCGCGGGCAAAGAAGCUCGAGAAGCUCGGAGUGUUUUCGGCUUGCAAGGCCACUGAUUCCUGUAAGUGUAAUGGAUGGAAGAACCCUCAUCCUCCGACGGCCACCAGGAUGGAGCUCCAGCAGCAGGCGGCUGAUUUGAGCGAGGCAUGCCGCAGCUGUGGCCACGCCCUUGCGGAGCACGUGUCUCACCUGGAGAACGUCUCGGAGGACGAGAUUAACAGGCUGCUCGGGAUGGUGGUGGAUGUAGAAAACCUCUUCAUGUCUGUGCACAAGGAAGAGGACACGGACACCAAGCAGGUCUACUUCUAUCUGUUUAAGCUGUUGAGGAAGUGCAUACUCCAAAUGGGCAAGCCAGUAGUGGAGGGGUCACUAGGAAGUCCACCGUUCGAGAAACCCAACAUAGAACAGGGAGUGUUAAACUUUGUGCAGUAUAAGUUCAGUCACUUGGCUCCUAAGGAGAGACAGACGAUGUACGAGCUGAGUAAGAUGUUUCUGUUGUGUCUGAACUACUGGAAGUUGGAAACGCCAUCUCAGUUCCGCCAGCGAGCCCAAAAAGAAGACGCGUCUGCCUACAAAGUUGACUAUACCAGGUGGCUGUGCUACUGUCACGUGCCUCAGAGUAACGACAGCCUGCCUCGCUACGAAACCUGUCAGGUGUUCGGCCGCAGUCUGCUCAAGUCCAUCUUCACGGUCACCCGCAGGCAGCUCCUGGAGAAGUUCAGGGUGGAGAAAGACAAACUGCCCCCAGAGAAACGAACGCUUAUUCUCACACACUUUCCCAAGUUUCUUUCCAUGCUGGAAGAAGAGAUCUAUGGUGAGAACUCUCCUAUAUGGGAUGCUGAAUUCACAAUGCCAGCUAAUGAAGGAGCCCAACUGGGGCCCCAGACAGUGUUGAGUCCAGUGACGGUUUCUGGUUCUCCUCUGCGGAAAGGUGCUGGUGGUCCUUGUGGUUCAGACACAUCCACUUCUGAAACGGUCACAGGAGAAAAGAGGAAGUUACCAGAAGCCCUGACGCUUGAGGAUGCCAAGCGGAUCAGGGUUAUGGGCGAUAUCCCUAUGGAACUAGUCAACGAGGUCAUGAUGACCAUCACUGACCCUGCUGCCAUGCUCGGUCCAGAGACAAGUCUGCUGUCUGCCAAUGCAGCGCGGGACGAGACGGCACGUCUGGAGGAGAGGAGAGGCAUCAUAGAGUUCCACGUGAUUGGUAACUCGCUCUCUCAGAAGUCCAACAAGAAGAUCCUGAUGUGGCUGGUGGGCCUGCAGAACGUCUUCUCCCAUCAGCUUCCACGCAUGCCCAAAGAGUACAUCACACGCCUCGUCUUUGACCCGAAACACAAAACCCUGGCUCUGAUUAAAGAUGGCCGUGUGAUCGGUGGGAUUUGCUUCCGAAUGUUUCCCACUCAGGGUUUCACAGAGAUUGUUUUCUGUGCUGUUACUUCAAAUGAGCAAGUAAAGGGCUAUGGAACUCACCUGAUGAAUCACCUGAAGGAAUAUCACAUCAAGCAUGGCAUUCUUUACUUCCUGACUUACGCUGAUGAGUACGCUAUUGGGUACUUCAAAAAACAGGGCUUCUCCAAAGACAUCAAAGUGCCAAAGAGUCGCUACCUCGGCUACAUUAAGGAUUACGAAGGAGCCACGCUGAUGGAAUGUGAGCUCAAUCCCAGAAUCCCCUACACAGAGCUGUCGCACAUCAUCAAGAGGCAAAAAGAGAUCAUCAAGAAGCUGAUUGAGAGGAAGCAGAGCCAAAUCCGUAAGGUGUACCCCGGCCUCACCUGCUUCAAAGAGGGAGUGCGACAGAUACCUGUGGAGAGCAUUCCAGGCAUAAGAGAAACAGGCUGGAAGCCCAGCGCUAAGGAGAAAAAUAAAGAGCUGAAGGAUCCUGAUCUUCUGUACAACAUACUGAAAAAUCUCCUGGCCCAGAUUAAAACACACCCAGACGCUUGGCCCUUCAUGGAGCCGGUGAAGAAGUCUGAAGCUCCAGACUACUACGAGAUCAUCAGGUUCCCUAUUGACCUGAAGACCAUGACGGAGCGGCUGAAGAACCGCUACUACGUGACCAAGAAGUUGUUCAUCGCCGACCUUCAGAGAGUCAUCACCAACUGCAGGGAAUACAACCCUCCCGACAGCGAGUACUGCAAAUGCGCCAACACGCUGGAGAAGUUCUUCUACUUCAAACUGAAAGAGAGCGGCCUCAUCGACAAGUGACCCGGCACUCGGGCGGCGGGAUUUAAAGGGGCAGGAAGCGUACGGCAGACAUCACCGAAAACUCACACUCAUGGGAAAGACGUACAGGAUGGAGCGUGCGUGAGGAGGAAGAAGAGGAGAAGAACAGUUCACAGGGCAUUAGAGAUGUAAAAUGAACCUCUGCUCGGGUUCAGCGUUAAUUCAUCAGGGGAUUCGUUGCUUCGGACGUUAUCAUUUCUUUCCGUUCGGUUUUGGCACAUGAUAUAUACACACACUGUUUACUGUUUAUAUUACAGAAGAAACCCAUGCAUAUCAAUAUUCCAUCUUUUUUUUUUUUUAACCACAGCGCUCAAUUCUGAUUGGUCAGAUGGUAUUGAUUAUUUGACAGUCUGCAAGGUUUAUAUUAAUGCACUCGUUCUUAUACGUUUAUCGUUUCUCUAUGUAUCUACGUAUGUAUAGAUAUUCACAAGGAUUUGUUCGGGCGGUGAAUUUUACGUGUUCAUUUAGCAUUUUGUCAGCACUUUUUGUAGCAGCCUGUUUUCAGACAUGGGAGACUUCAGGACUAGCUUGUCUGUGUAUAACGACAAUCUUUUCUUUUCUUUUACGAGAGGCUGUUGAGGGAAUAAUUGUUGCUGCUAUAAUGUUAUACGUUAUAACAGGAACUAACUAGUUUCUCAGAUUCAUUACCACCAUAUUUAACUGCAAAUGGGUAAAACUUUUAGUACGUUUUUUUUUUUUUUUUUUUUUUGUUCUGGGCAAAUGUCCAGAAAUGUUUUAUUCCCCUACUUCCUUUCCUACCGAUUUAAGCUUUUUCACUUGUGUAAAGCUCACAACACCUCUCUAUACGAUCUAAAUCUGCGUAUAUGCUACAGAUCCAGAGUUUACUCAGUAUGUGGUUACACUGACUGCUCAUCUUUGCCAUAUAUAUAAUGUACACAGAGCCAGAAAUAUAGUCCACUGGAUUGACUAGAUAUUCCUCAUCGCUUGCUUAAAAUGGUAAAAAAAAAUAAUCAUCAUUUAGCUGUUAACAGUGCAUACCACUCCCGGAGGAGUCGAGGCCAGUGAACGAGUGAAUUGUUUCCGUGUCAUGUUUGUUAUUCUUUUCAUUCCCAUAUGUGCCAUUCCUCCAGUGAAUCCAUAUGGAAACCAUAUUUAGGGAUUCUUGCCCAUGUCAUAGAACUACUGGACAAUAAGGUCAAGGCUAUACAGGUCGUGUAUAACAGGUGCAUCGACUCAGAUUUAGUACUUAAUAUCCGUGCUCCGAGUAUCGACAGAUAUUCUCUCUGCCAUUCAGAUGUAAUUGAGCUGAAUCGUCAAAAAAGAAAAGCAUGAUCGCAGCAUGCUUUGUGCUCUGUGUUUAUAUGCCACAUCUGUGUUCACGGGAUAUAAUAUACUAAAAAAUUUAAAAAAAAAAACAAAAGCUCAGCACCAGAUCGACACAUCCUGGUUUUAGCACCUCGGGUCAUUUGCAAGUAUAAGCCAUACUGAUCACUGCAGUAUUUCUUCAGCGCUUUGAUUUGAGAGUUGUCACGCCAAUCUCCACUGUAAUGCUGUAAGCUGAUUUUCUUUUUCUUUUCUUUUUUAUUUUAAUACACAGUAUCUGUGCCCGGUGUCUCAGUUGUCAUUUAUAAGCUUUUCAGUACAAGUGCUCACAAAAAAAAAAAGCUCCCAGAUGUCCGAAUAGAUUUUUUUUUUUUUUUUCCUGGACACUGUACAUGCAACCUGGUCUACAUUUCAUUUCAUUAGUCUGUCGAAUGGUUAUAACGCGGAUUAACACACACCCUGUGUACCUUUUCGUGACGUUGCAUGAUCUCGGCAUCUUUACUCUUUGUGUUUAAUGAAAUAAGCUCAUGACGUUGAACUUGAAAAUGACCCCCCCCCCCCCUUCCUUCUUGAUGAUGUUCAUGGCUUUGGUUACAUUUUGGUGCAUUUCUUUGUACUGUAAUUCUGUUUAUACAUAUAUAUUACGAAAAUAAACCUUUUUAUAAUGUA